CAGCCUUGCAUGAACUAUUUUACACACUUAAGGAAAACAUGGUAUCUGCAAAAAGUAUGUCAGUGUCAGCUAUGAAGACACAAGGACUCGACAACCAAUGAGUGUUUCAGAGAAAAAACAAAAGUGGCCCCGUUAAAGUGUUUUAGUACAAGUACUUGCGCGUGUCUUUAGGAAAUUAUUCUGAGAGGAGAUUUCAACCGAAAGACUUCUAAGUAAAGGUUAAGAGGAUUUCCCAUAAUGUCUGACAAUGUGAAACUGGUGUUCCUCGUUAUGGUCAUGUCAAACAAUGCAAAUACUACGGGAAGUAGCUUGUGUGUAGAUGAGAUGUUUGACCUGAUAUUCAGAGACAAGUCCGCCACAGAUUACGUUGUAAGUGGGAAGACGGUGCCAAGUCGGGCGGAGUGUUCUGUCCUGUGUCAUCAAGAGGAAGGGUGUGUGUCUAUGGCGUAUUCAGGCUCAGGAGAGUGUGUCCUCCACGGCGAGUUGCCACAGACUCUGACAGUGGUCAGUAAACAGGACACUGACAUCUACUACCGCCAAGGUGCGGUGCCCUUCUCGACCACGACGCCACCGACGACGACAACAGCAACGGCACAACCGACACAUACUACAGUAUUAACAAUCAUGACAACGACUGAAGUAACAUUCCUGACUGCUACGCCACUGACUGCAACUGUAGGCUUAACACCGAUGGCAACUGGAUCAACUGCAACAACUCCAACACCGAUGACAACUGCAUCAACUGCAACAACUCCAACACCGAUUACAACUGCAUCAACUGCAACAACUCCAACACCGAUGACAACUGGAUCAACUGCAACAAAUCCAACACCGAUGACAACUGGAUCAACUGUAACAACUCCAACACCGAUGACAACUGGAUCAACUGCAACAACUCCAACAACGAUGACAACUGGAUCAACUGCAACAACUCCAACACCGAUGACAACUGGAUCAACUGCAACAACUCCAACGCCGAUGACAACUGCAUCAACUGCAACAACUCCAACACCGAUUAAAACUGCAUCACCUGCAACUUCUCCAACAACGAUGACAACUGCAUCAACUGCAACAAAUCAAACACCGAUGACAACUGCAUCACCUGCAACAACUCCAACACCGAUGACAACUGCAUCACCUGCAACAACUCCAACACCGACGACAACUGCUGCUACAUCUACGGCUUCUACUUCUACUACAACUACAACUACAACUACAACUACUACUACUACUACUACUACUACCGAUACUACAACCACUCCAACAACUACACCCACUACGACAACACCAACAACCACCACAUCGUUAACGACGACUACGGUUGCUACAUCACAAAAGGUGGAACUGUGGGCGACAGCUGUGUUGGACUACUCGUCACAGGACAACUCCGGAGACAACAACGCCGCAAGCCAAGUGAUUGGAGAGCCCGAUGUGCCAGACUACGGCCACAAUGUCAAAGCAUGGGCACAGUCCAAUAUUUACCAGUUAAAUUACAACCAGUAUGUGAAGUUGCAGUAUGCCAGGAAACUCUACAUCAAAGAAGUGCACGUGUAUGAGACGUACCGCGCAGGCACAACGUGGUCGGUGCAGGUCAUGAGGUCUUCUGGAGCAUAUCACACUAUCUAUUACUCGAACCGGUUAUAUAGGCUUCAGUCAAUCCGAAUCUUCAAGCUCGCUUUAAACAAUGCGCUGAGUUUUACGUCUGACGUCAUCAAGAUAUGGGUGGAUCCUUAUUUUGCGGGAGGAGCGGCAGAGAUAGACGCUGUCAAAGUUGUGGGAAUGACCGAUCCUAAUCAGCAAUAGACAGGAUUUCCCGAAACGCAUUGCAAGACUUGCCUGGGCGCUAAUUGUGAUCAAAUGGGGGUGUAUUUCACAGUCUGGAACUGGACACCCAGAAAUCAUAUUGACUUUUCACUGUAUAUAACAUGAAUACUUUUCUUGAUAAGUAUCUUUUUUUCCUCGACCCAAUAGUUUUAAAAAGGUCAAGGCAUUAACCUCUGCGCUUUCAUAAAAUAUCUCGAAUGGUCAAUAUUUAAAAUAUGCUCUAAAACAAAAGUAGGGGAUACCCGGAAAUAAUUUAAGUGAGUGAGUGAGUAUUGUUUUACGACGCUUUUAGCAAUAUUCCCGCAAUAUCACGGCGGGGACACCAGAAAUGGGCUUCACACAUUGUACACAUGUCUGGAAUCGAACCCGGGUCUUCGGCGUGACGAGCGAACGCUUUAACCACUAGGCUACCCGACCGCCCCAGAAAUAAUACAAAAUGUCCAUAAUUGUAAGAGAUAUUCGUAUCUAUAUAUAUAUUCGUAUCUAGAUAUCUAGAUAUUCGUAUAUUGAUAUCUGCGAGUUUCCAGCAUUCCGAUAGCCCGUAGACGCUCUGCGCGUUGCCACACAGCAUCACUUACACAAACAAUGAAUGAAAUCAAGUAAAUCCCAACGGUAUCGGGGCACGGGUGGCCCAGUCGUCUAAGGCGGCGCAUUCCUUUGGCACGCCAGAGUCGUAUGAUUGUUGGU